GCUUCCGUAGGAUGUCGUGGCUCUUGUGGAGUACGAAGGCGAAAGUACAGCGACUCUAAAUUGAAGGAUAAGCAGACAGACAUUUGUUUUAUUACGCUUAAAUUGCGGUGGUCGUAUAUCCUAACCAUAUUGUUAAAAAGUUUCCUGGGUUGAUAAUGAGGCGUGCAGGUUUGGGUGAGGGGGGCCCUCAAGGGAAUUACGUUGCAAGCGGAUACAGCGUGUACGAGGAGGAGAAUGAACAUCUGCAGGAGGGACUGAGAGCUAAAGUACACGCACUCAAACAUCUAUCAAUUGACAUCGGAAAUGAAGUCAAGAACCAGAAUAAAAUGUUGGGAGAAAUGGACUCAGACUUUGACUCAACUGGAGGUCUUUUGGGAGCCACCAUGGGUAGAUUGAAGCUCCUUGCCAGAGGAAGCCAAACCAAGGUGUAUUGCUACAUGCUGCUCUUUGCCCUGUUUGUUUUUGUUGUCCUGUACUGGGUGAUUAAACUGAGGUGAUCUCAGAACUGAUGAGAUACAGGACCUUGAGGAUCUUUCUUCCUUACGUGCCAUGCUCAUUUGGGCCGGAGGAUGAGAAUCUUUUGCAGUGAUGACGACUGAGAUAAUUAAGGAGUGUGAGGGUGCUUUCCAUUGGACAAUAGACAGAACUAUUGAGAGACAAUACGCAAUAUGGCAUAAACCUGUCCUAACCCACCAAAAUUAGUGACACCCUAUUGUAAGGAUAAUACAAAGGUAACUUGACGAAUACUGUUGAAGAAAAUGGCAUAAUUGAUAUUCUGCAUCCCUUCUCAUUUUAUUUAGUUAUAAUGGCCUGUGUUUAAUGGGGUUACUUACCUACAAGUUUGUGCUCAUACAGUUUUAAUAAAUUAAAAGGCUAUUUCAACCA